UGAUUGAUUGAUUGAUUGAUUGGUGAGGGCGCAGUCGCCCCGGGCGUUGAUGAAUGCAUCAAAAUUAUGUGGACGAGGACAAGCGCCUUGACGACGCUGAUCCAGUUUAACGUCGACCCAUUGAGUGCCAUAGAUCAUAAGGAGGCGCUGGGAAAACUAGGGCAUCAGCUACGCUCCCACACUUGCGUGCUCGACUUGUGCGGAACUGUGGACCGUGCGCAAUGGGACUCUGGGGCAUUCGCGUCUCUGAGUGACUUGCUGGGCUUCCUUUGUCAGGACUACCGGACAUUGGUGGUAUUCGUUCCCUGCUUGUGGAACCUCUCCUUCAUGACAUCUUUGUCUGCGCUUGGGGCUACCCGAUGCUACACGGGGAAGUGGGUUCGGAAGACGGCAACGAAGAAGACGCAUCAGUUCGGAAACAGCGUCUGGGAGGAGCCGAAUGUGAUGCACAUCCUUUUCAAAGGCGAGGAUCCUCGGCUACUGACUCACCCGGUGUACGAGGGCGCUGUUGCUGAAGACGAUGCUGCCGCUCUCCGGAGGAAACAGAAAGUGACACCCACGGAUGUGGAGGAGAACUCUUUCAAGUCCUUGACUUUCGCGGACAUCGAAAACAUGACCCAGAGGGGGGCUCUGUACAAGGAAGUGUCGUCCAAGGCUCACCCAUGCGAUUUCCACCAUGUCGUGGUCGAGCCCGUUUAUGACCCGAACAAGGACAUGUUCUUCAAGUUGACUCCGAAGAAAAGGCGCCAAGUCUAUUCCUUCCUUUACUGCGAACAACCAAGGUUGAGAUUUGACUCGCAGUACGUGGUGCGGAAGGAAGUCGCCAUUGCGGUCCUCCAGGGCUACCAUGGAGCGAGUCCGGCCGGCGCUGUGAACUUCAUUAAGAGGCAGGAAUAUCUGUUUUUUAACGAGAAUGUUGUCGAUCCGGCCGACUUCACUUUAGAUAACUACAAGCUGGCACUCGGUGAGGAGGACGACUUCAAUAUCGAGACUGAGCAGGAGGAGAGCGUUGAGGACGACCUCUUCGAUUUGGACGGGCAAUUGACCAUCUUCAACGCCUUAGUUUCUGAGUCGCCGUCAUCAAAUAAAUGGCUGGAAGUGUCCUCCGCGUUCUACACCCUUCCGUCAAGCCCGUCAAUUACGCAAGUGAGUUGGGAGUUGCCUGCGGGCACCCCACUGGAAGGAGUUGUGAAGCGCAAGUCUCGCGGAAAGGACGGCGAAGGGGAUGGUGAAGGCGGCGGGCAACGAGGUACCGGAGGUGGAAGUGAACAGCGUUCAACGAAACAGCGGUCUCCGGGGCACGCACGCGGCGGAGAGGGGAAAAAGGGCAGCCAGGAGAAGAAAAAGCCUCGCAGCGGAGAGAAGACAAAGCAUCACACAGGAGACGGUCAGGGGUCCGAUGUCGACUGCGACGAGGACAGUGGGGUUCUGGCGGUGACAGGCAGCACCUCAAUGGAGACGGGGAACGACUUCAGGCAUGGGUGGAUUACAGGGCCUGGCGAGCUGGACCCUGUGAUUAGCUCCAUCAGCGCAACACAGUAUACCGCUGCUGUUGGCGGGGCUGUUCUAGCUAAGAAUGGAACUUGCUUCGCUCAGCUCCAAAAACGGUUGGCCGAUUGUCUCGGAUCUAUCCGAACCUCGGAGACGACAUCGUCGUCCGGAACUCAGUGCCUUCCGGGAAGCGAGACGACAACAUACCACAGAUUCGACAACGACAAGGUCCAACCAUGUUCGGUUUCGCCUCAAAAGGAAGUUCGGAUUAAUCCGAACCCAGAAGCCAGUACUGCUGAGAGAGCACAGCGGUCUGCGGAACUCGAACGGGUGGUCCGGGAUUCCGAAAACCCUGGCGGCGAAAUUCGGAUUCAUCCGAACCAGGAGGACGUGUCCGCCAUGACAGACGACCGGUGUCAGGACACCGUCAUGCUGUGCAUGGAAGUCCACAAGGAGUUGCAGGCAGAGUGUCCGACUGAGGGUGAGUUAGCGACCAGUUUGAAUGUCGAGCCCCGCACACUCAGAGCCGAAUGCCUGGUGACGGUACACGCUGAGUUAGCAGUCUUAAGCGACUCUCCGAUGAAAGCGGACACGUCGUCGCCGUUGGAAACUGCAAUGGCUCGGAUGAAUCCGAACCAGGGCCCUGUGAGCAUGUCCCUCCCUGAUGCAUCUUUGGAGACGACCGCAAUUCGGAUUCAUCCGAGACACACGGAUGAAGGACUUGACGGUUGUCGACUUCUGACGACUUUGGACAAGGACGAUUCCGCCGACGACCGGAUUGAUCCGACACUCGGUGAUGUCGGGAUGGAACAACCAGUUCAGCCGGCAUACGACGACCCCUUGUACUCCGGCCUUCACGACGAGGCGAUGGGAGAGGAUGUUCUGAAGAAGUCCUCUGACGCUGUUGGAGAUAGAUUUCUCUAUUUGAGUGACGACGAUAAAGACACAGCGCACGAGGACAAGAAGUUAAGGGGGGGAGAGGUGUUAUUGGACAUCCAUGGGACCUUGAGCACAACACAAUGCGACACAGUGGCGACAGAGGAAACCCAACAUGUCGAUGUUCUGGACGUCGACGCUCUUUGUCCGGAGACGGACAAACUAAAAUUGCCCGUCGCGGACGUGGAGGAUUUCUGCCAUCGGGAUGGGGAUGAAUUCAUAUCGUCGCCGGUCAUCGACGCCGAUAUCUCGAACCUGUCAAGUUUCCCUGUGAGUUUGGAGCACGUCGUCGCCGCGUCGACGUGCACGGGGGCGCCAAUCAUGCUGGGACUGCCAUCGGUGGGCUCUUGUGACGUUGAAGCUAAGCCUGGUAAGCACUGUCUUCCUUUGCUUGCUUCCCGCUCGUCAGCCCGUUCGUGAAGUGUUGUUUGCUUCGUCGAUUUGGAGGAGGUGUGUACGCGGGCGCCAACUGGAUUU